AUGGCUGACCUUACCAAGCAGAUGGAAAUGAAUCAAGUUGCAAUAGUCAACACUCCAUCACCAGCUCAAGAAGGAGUGAAUAUAGAGGAAGGAAGUGACUGGGAACAAGCCAAUUAUAUUGGAAACUCGUCCAGACAGUCCUACGAUCCAUACUCGAAGACUUAUAACCCUGGUUGGAAGAACCACCCAAACUUUGGGUGGAGAAACCAGCAAGACCAAGGCCAAGAUCAGAGGCAUCACAACCCCAACCAAAACAACAAUGCAGCCUAUCAACACUCAACUCAAAGGCCAUAUCAACACCCACCCAACAACUCUUCUCAACUUCCAUAUCAUACCCAAAACGGCCAUUCUCAACCCUCUAACCUCAACUCACCAUCGUCAUCUGAAGAUAGACUUUCCAGGAUUGAGACUCUGCUUGAAGGCAUAUGCAAGGAAGUUCAGGACAAUAGAGUGUUCAAGGAUGAAGUUCGAGCUAAUAUAAAGAAUCAGGGAGACACCAUUAAAAGGCUUGAAUCCCAAGUGGGAUAUCUUUCUCAGCAGAUUCCUAAGCCUACUGACGGCUUCCCAAGUGAUACUGAGAAGAACCCUAGAGGAGAGACAAAGAAGAGACUCAGGGGUGGUGGAAAGGGGAAAUCAUACUCAAGGUUCCUAGACAUGUUUGCAUCUCUCCAUGUAAACAUACCAUUCAUCGAGGCGCUCCAACAGAUGCCCUCAUAUAUCAAGUGCAUGAAGGAGUUGCUGACCAAAAAGAAUUCACUAAAGGGUGGACAAACAAUAGUGAUGAACAAAGAGUGCAGUGCCCUCAUUAAAAAAGAAUUGCCUACAAAAAAGAAGGACCCAGGGAGUUUUCACAUCCCUUGUGCUAUAAGAGAAACAAUGAUUGAUAGUGGGCUUUGUGACCUAGGAGCAAGCAUCAACUUAAUGCCUUUAUCCCUCAUGAAGAAGCUACAAAUUAAUGAGCUAACACCCACAAAUGUGAUACUUCAACUGGCUGACAAAACUCAAAAACAAGCAAUUGGAGUGGUAAAAAACGUGCUGGUAAAGGUUGGGAACUACUUCAUUCCUAUAAACUUUGCUGUCCUUGAAAUGGAAGAAAGCCAUCUCCAUCCAAUUAUCCUGGAGAGACCGUUCUUAGCCACAGCCAGGGCACUCAUAGAUGUUGAGCGAGGGGAGUAA